GUGAUUGCGUGUCGAAGUGCUGUGCAAUAUACCUAGUUGUCCGUCAAUUUGUCCCCGAUAAUUUUGAUAAGACUGUUUUUUUUAUAUUUUCGGUAAUGUGUAACGAUAGGAUUAUCACGCAUAUUGGAUUUCAGUGACACGUUAUGAUAGAAAAAGUUCAUUUGGCAUUAUGUCGAACUUCACUCCCGGUCACCAGGAAAGAGCGGCGUCUUCAGCUCCACCGGACAUCCCAACCGGCAUCAACAAUCCCACCCACCACUUCCAAUCACCCUCCACGACUUAUACAUUCCCGGAAACCCCGACACACCGCAUCCGCUCACCGCAGGAUUCCCGAGGCCAUUCACGUAGCGUCAGCCACGGCGGCGGUACGACCGUCCUCGUAGGGUCAAGCAAUUCCGCGGGGGUGGUUGGUCGGUCCGCGUUGAAGGGUUCCCGCGGUCACCAGAGGGCCUUCUCGCAGGGUCAGAUCAGCGAUGCCGGUAGCGUGGGUGUAAAGGAAUCCACCAAACCCGGCCAUUCCCGGGUGGGGUCGAAAACCGAUUUCAUUUUGCCCCCCGGUUAUAAAGAUACAGAUAGCGGCGAAGGGGUUGUAUCGAGGACCAGUGCCAAAGGACAUUCCAGGCAAGCGUCAAGAUCGGAAUCGAUAUACACUCUGCGCAGAUCGGCCCCACCUUCUGUAUGGCAACGGGUACUGUUUUUCUUAACCCGGCGCACCCCCAAGCACGACCCGGAGGAACGGUACCGCGUCGUCGUUCCCAACCACGUGGUACCGCCCAAAACGCCGCGCAAAGAGCACCCGAACGGCCGCAGACCGGACAAUCGGAUAAGGACGACAAAGUAUACGCUGUUAAGUUUUCUGCCCCGGAACUUGCUCGAACAGUUUCACAGGAUGGCGAAUUUGUAUUUCAUUUUUAUCUUGUUGCUGAACUGGUUCCCGGCAAUUAACGCGUUCGGUAAGGAAAUCGCGAUGAUACCGGUUAUGUUUGUGCUUGGCGUUACCGCGGUGAAGGAUCUGUUCGAGGAUCGACGGAGACACGCCAGCGACAAAAGGAUUAAUAACAGCACCUGUAGGAUUUAUAAUAGCGAAGCUGCAAGAUAUAGAAAAGUUCUAUGGAAGGACGUUAGGGUUGGGGAUCUCAUUCAUUUAUCAAACAACGAAGUAGUACCUGCCGACAUUUUGUUGUUACGUUCGAGUGACGUAAGUGGACUUUGUUACAUCGACACGGGCCAUCUGGAUGGCGAAACAAAUUUAAAACAACGCCAGGUAGCCAGAGGGUUUUUAGAGAAGCAACACGUCUUUGAACCGAGUAAAUUUCGUAGCACAAUCGAAGUCGAGGCGCCAACAACGAAAAUCUACAGGUUUCACGGGGCCAUAGUUCAUCCUUCCGGUGCUAGGGUUCCCGUCGGUACCGACAACUUACUGCUCAGGGAAUGUUUGCUUAAAAAUACGGAUUUCAUCGAAGGAAUCGUCGUCUACGCAGGACACGAAACUAAAGCUUUGUUAAAUAACGGCGGACCACGCUACAAGAGGUCAACUUUAGAAAAGCAAAUGAAUCAGGACGUGCUCUGGUGCGUUUUGAUUUUGAUUUUGUUGUGCGUCAUAGGAGCAGUCGGCUGCAAUCUGUGGCUGCACACAUAUUCUAAUUUAACGACGCCUUUCAAAGACAAUUCGGAAAGCACUGAAGCGUUUUUAGCAUUUUGGACGUAUAUUAUAGUUUUACAAAUUAUGAUUCCGUUGUCGUUAUAUGUAACAUUGGAGUUAUGUAAAAUAAUACAAGUGUACCAUAUCCACCACAAUGCGGAUUUGUAUGAUCCUCUGAUGGAUAAAAGAACCGAAUGUCGAGCUUUAAAUAUAACAGAAGAACUGGGACAGAUACAAUACAUAUUUUCGGACAAGACCGGAACUUUGACUGAAAAUAGGAUGAUAUUUCGGCGAUGCGCAAUAGCGGGUGUCGAUUACGGACAUCCGCAAUUGGCUAAUGAAGGACGAAACGGCAGGCUAACAAACUUGAGUGUGGUAGUGAAUCCCACGCUAUGGAGCGAUUUAUGUCUAGAAGGAAACAAUUUACCUGAGCAUAUAUUUAGCAAUAAAACCCUGCACAGUGCCAGAAUACAAGAAUUUUUAUUGCUGUUGGCGUUGUGCAAUACAGUGGUCUGUUCCCACCAUCCUCACUUUGACACGAUGAAUGCCAGUGGGAUAAUUGAACCAGUUCCUAACCUACUUGCUGAUGGUGAAGGUAGUGUGAACACCAACGAACUGAUCACCGCUAAAUCCGCAAAGUUAAAUGAUAAAUACACGCGGCUAGACGAAUCGAGAUCAGUAACACCAUCACCACCUUUACCAUCACCAUAUUCAACGGACAUUCAAAGAGGUCAUGUUUCUACACUGCCGCCGAUAGAUUCGAUACAAAGCUCACCGGUCGAUUCGAUACAAAGUCAAAAUAGUUCUAAAUCGCGUCCGAGAUUAUUGAACAUACCUAGUAUCAGUUUUUUGGCGAAACGCAAUGGAAGCAAUACCAAUCUAACAGACGAACAAAAAGCUACACUAAAUCAGUCCGCUACGCCGUCACCAUGCGAUUUAAAACCAAUUUACGAAGCAGAGAGUCCAGACGAAUUAGCUUUAGUGGACGCGGCUUAUAUUUACCGAUGUAGGCUUCUGAAGAGAACACCUACAGAAGUAAUCGUUGACAUUCCAAAAGAAGGCAAACUCGUCUUCAAUAUAUUGCACAUUUUACCAUUCGAUUCAACUCGUAAACGUAUGUCUAUCAUCGUACGUCAUCCGAUCACGAAGGAAAUUAUUCUCUACUGCAAAGGCGCCGAUACGAGUAUGAUUCCUUGUUUGGUGCCUGCGGAAGAUGACUCCGAGCAAAAACGAAUUGUGAAUAAGACACAACAACACUUAAACGGCUACGCGAGAGAGGGAUUAAGGGUGUUAGUUAUGGCUAAAAGGGUUUUGACUCAAUAUGAGUAUAGCGAAUGGUGGAGGCAACAUCAGGAAGUCGAGUUGGCUGCUGAUAACAUGGAUAGAAGACUGAGAGAUAGCUAUUCAAGUAUUGAAUGCAAAAUGACCCUCUUGGGAGCUACUGGAAUUGAAGAUCGGCUACAGGAAGGUGUACCCGAAACUCUUUCCGCCUUAAUUUCGGCCGGUAUAGUAGUGUGGGUUCUGACAGGUGAUAAACCUGAAACCGCCCUCAAUAUCGCUUAUUCGGCAAAAUUAUUUUCACCCCAAAUGGAAUUACUGAAGAUCAUGGCGCGAUCUAAAGAAAGCGCCGAAAGCACAAUCCAUUGUUAUUUAGCUGAAGUAGAAAGACAACUUAAAGAAGCUCAGGUGAUAUCAGAAAAUAGCGCGUAUGACAUUGGCGCUACGUCUUCGACAGUUAUCGGUCGACGGAGGUAUUUACAAGCACCUGCAAAAAAUAACAGUAGAGCUUUAGUUGUUGACGGUAAAACACUAACAUACAUUCUGGAUAGAAGAUCAAAUCUCACUGUCCCGUUUUUGAAGCUGACCACUUAUUGCAAUUCAGUGUUAUGCUGCAGAGCUACGCCCUUGCAAAAAGCUUACAUAGUUAAAGUGGUAAAAGAAGAGAUGAAAAUGAGGACACUAGCAAUUGGUGAUGGUGCAAACGACGUUUCCAUGAUACAGACAGCCGAUGUAGGGAUAGGUAUUUCAGGUCAAGAAGGUAUGCAAGCAGUGAUGGCAGCCGAUUUCGCCCUCUCCCGGUUUAAGUAUUUAGAAAGAUUUUUGUUGGUUCACGGACAUUGGAGUUAUGAUAGACUGUCAAGGAUGGUGCUGUAUUUCUUUUAUAAAAACGCGACAUUUGUGUUCCUAAUGUUUUGGUAUCAGUUUUUCUGUGGAUUUUCUGGAAUGGUGAUGAUUGACCAAAUGUACCUUAUGCUAUACAAUUUGCUUUUUACUUCGCUACCACCCAUCGCAAUAGGAGUGUAUGAUCAAGAUGCUCCCGAGUCUCUCUUGUUAGAGAAACCAUAUCUAUAUAAAAGGGGUCGACUAGGCAGGGUGUACAGGACAUAUUCGUUUUGGUUGACAAUGGCCGACUCUCUAUACCAAAGCCUGUGUGUAUAUUUCAUCUGUUAUGGGGCCUAUAACGGAAGCGAUGUGGAUGUGUUUGAAUUCGGAACUGCAGCCACGACCGCCUGCAUGUUUGUCAUGCUGCUACAUGUUGCUAUAGAAACUAGAUCAUGGACAAUAAUUCAUGUGUUAUCGAUAGUGCUUUCGAUCGGGAUGUUUUACGUCUAUUCUAUACUGUAUAAUUCCUUCUGCGUCAACUGUUUUGGUUUGCCAAGCACUUAUUGGACAAUACAGAUGGCGAUGCAAAGACCCGCGUAUUGGCUUUGCACUUUGUUAUCCUGCGUUGUUUCUCUCUUGCCAAGGCUUCUGUAUCGAGUCAGUCAAACGGUUUUAGCACCCGACGAGGUAACCAGGGCGCUCGUUGCAGAUCGCAGGGCGCAUAGAAGAGGUGAGAAGUUUUUAGUGUCUUGGUCGAGAUCGACAUCCACAUCGUCCAUUUACAGAUGCAAUAGGGGUGAUAAGAAAGCAAAAAGAACAAAUUUAAACUUAGUUUACUCUAUACAAAAGCAAAUUUCGCAAUUUGAUUUUUGUGUCAAAAAACAUUUUAAAGGAAUAUGCUUGACCAUCAGGCAGAAGUUCAUGCGUACAUUCCGAAAACAAGCUCUAGUUACAAUUUCCCCAGUAACAACCAAUCAGAGGAAUCAGCAUAUUAACCCUUUAGCAGCAGUGGGUUAACCCGUUGUUUUCGUACAAAAUGACACUUAAAUUUAGUGAUUGAUUUAAAUCUAGUGAUCCUGCAUUUUUAGGCUGUGAUGCUUGUUUAAGGGACCAAUUAAUAAUUGUGUUCUUUUUAAUAUUUAUUUAGGAAAAUACUGUUGUAAAUAUUUUCCAGGCAUAAAUUUAAUGGAAUCAAAUUUUUGUUUGUGACACAAUGUUUUUGGAGUGUCACAAAUAUUACUUUUGAUUUCUUAAUAAUAUCUACUUCUAAAUAUGGGUAGCUGCCUUGCCUUCUAACAGUGCCAUUUUCUAUGUCGUCAAUAAAUAUUUAAGGUACUUAGUAUAAACCUGAUUAAAGUUACCAUAUUUCUUCAACUAUUUUUUAUUUCUAUUACAACAGGGUGUCUUACAUGUAUGUAGUGGUCUACCACUACAUGAUUGUUUUAAAUCACUUAUGUACUGUUUUGUUAUUUUUAAUAGAAUAUAAAUCCAGUAUUUCUAGUUUUAAUAAAAUGUAAUUAUGUUUUCUAUAUUUCCUAAGGUUUCAUACCCAGUUCUUACUAAUUAAGGGUUGACAUUGCAUAUUUUUGUUUUGAGACCUAACCAUCCAAAUUAAAAAUAUGGGCAAGUUGAGAAAUGUUAUUACGAGGUAACCGAUCUUAAUUCGGCAAAGCCCAACAAUACACCUCAAAUAUGCUUUUUGCAUCUUUUUUUUUUAAUUAACCAAUGAUUUUAUAGAUGAAGCACACUGGGAUUUGUAUUCUUAGUGUACCAUUCAAAUAGCAUAUCUCCCCAAUUCACUAGUGAUAUAUAAAAGCGUCAUAUUUUUCUAAAAUAUUAUGAAAUGUAUUCAAUUCUACCGUUUAGACUUUCAAAUUAUAUUUAUGUACAUUGCAAUCCUCAGUAUUAAAAAAAUG